UGUAUGCGUGUGUUGGGGCCAGCGUUGCGCUCUCUACUGGCCGGCCGGCCACCGACGGGUUGCUGUCCUUCACUGUUUUUAUACGUGUGCGAGAGUGUGUUCGGUCCCUGCAGUGAGUUACGCGAGAGAAACUGGUUUUCCGGCGCUUCGCCCACAAUGUCGGCCCCUGUCACGUUACUGCGAGCGUGUUUGUAGGAGCCGAGAAUAUCAGUGAAAUCGGUUCGCCUCCUCUUUAGCCGCGUUCUUUGUUUCCACUGCGGCGUACUUGUGUCUGUGCGUUUGUGAGAGUGUACUCGGCGCGCGUUUAUGUAUCGACGUGACGUUCUGGUGAGACUAACUUCGAAGUGAGAUAUCGCUGUGGUAUCGCCGCGGUGCCGCGGAGUGCGUCCGUCGUUCACGUCGGGGCGAGACACCGUGAGGUGCUCCAGUGUUUACCGGAAGCGGAGCUUCUCUUUUCGCCGAAGAAGCCAUCGUUUUGACGCUUUGCUCUCGGGCGGGGCGUUUCUUUUUCUGCCGGAGGCGUCAACGUGCCAGACGAAGUGACUCAGCUGUUGGCGUCGUCACUUCGCAUAAUUCCGGAAACAUCUGAAGUGUACAAGGAAAACAAGCAUGGAGAUCGUGAUCACAAAGCUCCAGUACAUCUCAUACCUCGGCUUCCUGUGUGGUGCGGUCGGUAUAAUAACGAGCUACGCCAUAGCUGUCAGCAGAGGCGACGUUGAACCAUGGCUGCCGUACAUCAGUGAUGCCGGCGGGGACCCUCCUCAAAGCAGCGUCUUCUCUUUUUCUAUGAUCUUGGUUUCACUCUGCUUCCUGGUCGGCUGCUGUCUAUGCUACAUGAUCAUGGUUGUGAAGAACUCUACCCAAGAUUUCUACGUCAAAUGGCUGAGCCGCCUAAUACCGCUGGCCGGUGCCGGUUGCUCAGCGGGCAUGGUGCUCUUGGCCAUCAACCCCGUUGGUCAUCUGCGGAGAGACGGCACCUGGCUGUAUCCCAUCUUCGUGCCACACAUGGUCGGAGCCGUGGGCAUGUUCGCCAGCGGCAUCAGCCUCAUGUGGAUCCUCGCCUGGUGCAACUACCUGCUCGACUACGGCGCCUGGAAAACCUCCUUUUACGCUCGGUGCCUCAUUGCCACUGUUGGCAUAAUUUCGGGAGUCCUGACGAUCGCGUAUUGUCCUUUAGGACAAGCGGAGGAGCUGGGACCGCUUCCAAAUGGUCCCAGAAAGUAUCCUGAAGGCAUUCUAGUCAGCACGAUUUCGGAGUGGGUGGUCGUCUUGACGUUCAUAGCGUUCACCCUGUCGUUCGCUGCGGAGUUCCGAAAGUUCAAGCUGACGCUGAAACUGGAGUACAUCUCCGAGCCCAACUCGAGCCACACGCAGCUGAAGACUGCAGCUGAGAACCACGGGGAAACAUGCCUCAGGGAAGAGUCGCCGGCGUCGCCGAAGUGAACGACUGCUCGACCGUGCCUCUAGUCAGCUCUCUGGCCAUCCGCACACAAUGUGCAACAUGUCAGGAACACGAAAGAAGCGUUAAACAACGUGUCAUUGUCGUCGUAAUUGUGGUGAAUGCCAUAUAGAUACUGAAACGGACCGGAGCAAACAGUUCGCUAAGUUAUGACUUCUAGAACUAUUCAAGGGUCCAAUGUGUCUGAACUUUUCUGUCAAAUUCACAGUUGAAGGUAUAUCUAGCUGUCUAUCGCGUUGUUAGUGCCUCAAAUGUUUUUCUUUUUUUUAAGUAUUGUUUGGUCAUAUUCGUCUUGUGAACACAUCAGAUCUUCAGUAGGACUGGGAUUAAUUGAUGAGUUUUAAAAACACAUUCUUAUCCUGGAUGUUCUGAACUAUUGCUCGUGUGAUUUGAACAAAAAGACUCAUAUGCAUACCUUAUUACUCCUGCACUAUCAACAAACAUUUUAUAAUUUCAGUGAUAUUGAGGAGACAUUUCAGGAGACUCUUCUAGCCUGGCCUCUCUAUCGUGACGAAGCCCGGCGGUUGUAGUUUUGCUAAUUGAUGGAAAUGUGAUCAAUGAAAUAAUGCUGACAGAAACUAUCAUGUGCAUUACAGGGUGUCAUAUUUUGAUAUCUGUGAUACCGACCGGAAAUGCGCAUAUUGUUGUUGUUUCCUUGUUAUUCAUUAAGUUGUUGAUGGUUGAUUCAGGGGUGUGCUAAAAUAAAAAAAGCUGAGUACCUCUACAA